AUGCCCGCCCCCACCAACACCCUCCUCAUCGAGGGCUCCUUCUCCGAACUCGCCGACGAGUUCGCCCAGUACGUCGAUGCCGUCCGCAAAUCCGACGCCGCCAGUCUCCAGGCCGACAUCAGCCCCCUCCUCGAGCCCCUGCGCCAGCAGGAACAGACCGAUUCCGAGCCCGACCGGAAACAGCGCGAUGAGGUUCUCAAGAAGAUCGUCUCCGCCGCCACCGUCUUGAAUAGCGCGCCUGAGAAGGAAAUCACCCCCGCCUACAACCUUCUCAUCCACCUCAUCCAUCAAGCCUCCGAGCCCGACAUGUUCCUCUCCCGCAUCUGCGCCUACCUCUCCAAGCCCAUCGCCUCCUCCCCUCAGUUCGGCCCCUCCCUCGCCAUCUCCAUCCUGUCCACCAUCUUCAACACCCUCGGCGACGCCGACUCCAGCCGCUUCCACGUCCUCCUGGCCAUCGUCGCCGUCAUCCGCCAGGCCGCCUCCGCCGCCGCCUUCGAGGCCCUCAAGCCCCAGCUGACCGCCCAGCUGCCCGCUUGGCUGUCCGCCUGGGAGCUCGAUGACGAGGAGACCCAGCGCCUGCACCUGGCCGUCGUCGACGCCGCCCAGGCCGCCGGUGACCAGGAGCUGGCCCAGACGCACAUCAUCCAGGCCCUCCAGACCAUCCCCGCCGCCCAGGCGGCCGCCCCGGCGUCCCGCGACCUCGCCGUCCGCGCCCUGACCGCCGCUCUCACCCACCCCGCCGUCUUCGACUUUACCCCGCUGACCGCCUCCGACGCCGUCCAGGCCCUCCGCGCCAGCGAUGCCACCCUCUUCGAGCUGCUCGAGGUCUUCACCGCCGACACCCUCGACGCCUACGAGGCCUUCAUCCAGUCCACCCCGCUCGCCACCAUCUCCGGCGGUGUCCUCGCCGACGCCGGCGACGCCCUGCAGACCAAGAUGCGCCUGCUGACCCUGGCCUCCCUGGCCGCCUCCACCCCGUCGCGCUCCCUGCCCUACGCCACCAUCGCCAGUGCCCUGCGCGUGCCCGACGCCGACGUCGAGAAGUGGGUCAUCGACACCAUCCGCGCCGGCCUCGUCGAGGGCAAGCUGUCCCAGCUGCGCUCUGAGCUGCUCGUCCACCGCGCCACCUACCGCGUCUUUGGCGAGAAGCAGUGGGCCGAGGUGCAGGGCCGCCUGAUGGUCUGGCGCCGCAGCCUCGAGCACGUCCUGGCCACCGUCCGCAGCGAGCGGGAACGCUUCGUGCGCGAGAGCAUCCAGGCCGCGCAGGCCGCCGAGGAGGGAGCCAAGUCGGGGGACAACAAGGGUGGCAAGCCCAUCGACCGACGACCGCGCCAGCCGCAGGCGUCGCAGCCGUCUGCUCCGGUUGAGGCGGUCGCCGAAUAA